ACUCUUACGUUUGGCGCUGGCGAAGAAAGGAACAUCAAGAGCUCAUCCAGCUCCUCCGCCAUCGCUCAAAGCUUCCUCCAAGAACCCUAAAACUCCCAAGUCUAUGUUGGCCCAGAUCCACGACCACACGGAUCGCGAUCGCUACGCGGCGCUGCUCAAGCAGGCAUCCAGAUCCAAGAAUGUGGCACAGGGCCAGGCGCUGCACGCUCAGAUCCUUGCCUCCGAUCACCGCCACAAUGUCUUCCUGUGCAAUCUCGUCAUGGAGAUGUAUCGCAACUGCGGCCAUCUCGACCGCGCGCUCCUCGUCUUCUCCCAGAUGCCUCACCCCAAUCUCUUCUCCUGGAACAUCGUGCUCUCCACCCACGCCCGCCGCGGCAGCGCCAGUGACGCCAAGAUCGCGCUGGAUCGCAUGCCUCUCACCAAUGUCGUCUCUUGGACCUCCGUGCUCGCCGCCUACGCGCACAACGGCCACAUCCUCCACGCCAAAUCCUUCUUCGAUCACUGCAUGCCGGAGAGGAACGAGAUGGCCUGGAAUAUCUUGAUCGCCGCGUGCUCGCGAUCGGGGAAGCUCCAAGAAGCCAGAGAUCUGUUCGAUGGAAUGCCGGACAAGGAUCUGGUGUCCUGGAAUUCCAUGCUCACGGCACACGCCCGGCUUGGAAAUCUUGGCGAUGCCGAGCAGAUUUUCACCGCCAUGCCCCAGCGCAACCUCGUUUCCUACAACGCGCUCCUGGCUGCUUACUCCCACCACGGCCGCGUCGACCAGGCACAGGAAAUCUUCGAUCGGAUGCCGGAAAGAGACGACCUAUCGACGAAUUCCAUCCUCGCCGGCCUCGCGCAACACGGCGAGAGCAUCGAUCGCGCGAGGGAGCUCUUCGAUCGCGUGGCGAAUCGAGAAAACCUAAUCUCCUGGAACCUCAUCCUCUCCGCCUAUUUCCACGAUGGCAAUGUCCGCGAAUGCCUUGCCUUGUUUCACCAGAUGCCCGAGAGAGACGUUAUAUCAUGGAAUAUUCUUCUCGCGGCAAAUGCCCGGGCAGGGCAUUUACUGGAAGCCCAAGCCCUGUUUGACGAGAUGCCGGGCAGCGAUGUGGUCACGUGGACGACCAUGAUCGCGAUGUACGGUCAGCACGGUCGGCUCCAUCUCGCCCGUUGGCUGUUUGACGCCGUACCCGAUCGGACGGAGGCUACAUGGAACGCGAUGAUCUCCGCGUACGGUCAGUACGGGCAGCUCGAUGCCUCGAGGCGCCUCUUUGAUUCCAUCGGCCCCAGCCCGGGGAUUGGAUCCUGCAAUGCGAUGAUCAUCGCUUACAAUCAAAAUGGCUGUGUGCGCGAGGCGAAAGAGUUGUUUGAUUCUAUGCUGGAGAGAGAUACGGUGUCUUGGGCUUCGAUCGUUUCGGGCUACACGCAGAGCAACAAUCUCGUAAAGGCCAGAAACGUUUUUGAUCAGAUUCCAGCCCCGCGGAAGAACAUCGUCUCCUGGAAUGCGAUGCUUGCGGGAUAUGCCCAGGGAGGGGAUGUUCAUCGAGCUCGGCAAUUCUUCGACCAGAUCCCAAAUCCAGAUUCUGCCUCCUGGAACACCAUGAUCACUGGUUACUGCUCACAACAUCAACUUUCCCAUGCCAAGAUUCUCUAUGACCAAAAUCCUCAUUCUAACGUUGUAAGUGGGAACGCAUUAAUCGCUGGAUAUGCCCAAUGCGGGCAUCUUGACGUGGCUAAGAGUGUGUUUGAUUCUAUGACACAAAGAAACAUUAUCACCUACACAAGCCUCCUGGUAGGAUACGCGCAAUUAGGUUACAUGCGAGAAGCACAAGAGCUCUUCGAUACUAUGCCUGAGAAGGACGUGGUAACGUGGACAGCCAUGGCAUCAGCAUAUGCUCAGUGUGGGCAUGGCAAAGAAGCGUUGGCUGUGCUGUGUGGCAUGGACGUUCUAGGGCUGGAAUUCACCAACAUCACAUUCAUGGCCGCCAUUGCCGCCUGCGCUGCCCUAGGGAUCGAGGCCCUCUGCCGCGAGAUCCAGUUCGAGGUAUCGGUGCGAGGAUUGGAACGCGACGAUCCAAUGCUCUCGAAUGCGCUCAUUGCGAUGUUUAGGCGCUGCGGCAGCGUCGCCGAUUCCCACAAGAUCUUCUCGCGGAUGGAGCAUCGCGGCGUAGUGUCCUGGAAUUCGAUGCUCGCAGUGUGCUCUGGCGAUGAAACACUAGAGUUCUUCGGUCGCAUGGCCCAGGCGGGAUUCACGCCCAGCGAGGUGAGCUUCGUCAGUGUUCUUGCGGCGUGUAGCCACAAGGGCGAUGUCGAAUUGGGAAGGAGCUACUUCGUUGGAAUGUGGACGGAUUUUGGAAUCGAAGCUACUGUGGAUCACUACGCGUGCUUCAUCGAUGUUCUUGGGCGCGCCGGGGAGCUCGCCGCCGCCGAUGGCCUUGUGGCAUCCAUGCCCUUCGAGCCUGAUAGUGUUUUGUGGUCGAGCUUUCUGGGAGCGUGUAGAGUCCAUGGAAAUGUAGGACGUGGUGCGAUUGCGGCUGUCAACGAGAUCAUGUCCAGGGAUUCCACCGAUUCCUCCUCCUUGACACUGCUCUCCAAUCUCUACACGGAGAUUCAGGGAUCCAGAAGGAACACCCCGAAUCGAUGAAGACGAGAUGUGGUCUUUGGCCUCGAUU